AUGAGUGGCCAGGACAAGCAGGAGCAGACUGCUGCAGGAGGCAGGAGGGUCAGUGGUCAUCAGAUGAAGCAACUUGCUGCUGGCAACUCCAGCAACAAAGGAGAGAGGAAGUUUGUGUGUCUGGAGUGUGGAAAAGAAUUCACCUCAAGGGAAGGCCUCAGAUAUCACACCCUUACACACACUGGUGUGAAGAACUAUGAAUGUAAGGAAUGUGGGAGAAAAUUCAGCCGGAAUAGUCACCUUGAUAGACACACCCUUACACACACUGGUGUGAAGAACUAUGAAUGUAAGGAAUGUGGGAAAAAACUUAGCCGGAAGAGUCACCUUGAUAGACACACCCUUACACACACUGGUGUGAAGAACUAUGAAUGUAAGGAAUGUGGGAAAAAACUUAGCCGGAAGAGUCACCUUGAUACACACACCCUUACACACACUGGUGUGAAGAACUAUGAAUGUAAGGAAUGUGGGAAAAAAUUCAGCCUGAAGAGUCACCUUGAUACACACACCCUUACACACACUGGUGUGAAGAACUAUGAAUGUAAGGAAUGUGGGAAAAAAUUCAUCCAGAAGGGUCACCUUGAUAAACACACCCUUACACACACUGGUGUAAAGAACUAUGAAUGUAAGGAAUGUGGGAAAAAAUUUAUCUGGAAGCGUCCCCUUGAUAUACACACCCUUACACACACCGGUGUGAAGAACUAUGAAUGUAUGGAAUGUGGGAAAAAAUUCAUCCAGAAGGGUACCCUUAAUAGACACACCCUUACACACACUGGUGUGAAAAACUAUGAAUGUAUGGAAUGUGGGAAAAUAUUUAGCCGGAAGGGUCACCUUGAUAGACACACCCUUACACACACCGGUGUGAAGAACUAUAAAUGUAAGGAAUGUGGGAAAAAAUUCAGCCGGAAGGGUACCCUUAAUAGACACAGCCUUAUACACACUGGUGUAAAGAGUCAUGAGUGUGAAGAGUGCGGGAAGAAAUUCAGUGUAAAGGCGGCACUCGAUCUACAUGUCUUCAGGCACUAUGGCCUUAGAGAGUUCAAGUGUGAUGUUUGUGGAAAGCUCUUUAAGACAAAGAGUGACAUCGCCCAACACAUGAGGAUCCACUUCUGAAGUGUGUCUGCCCACAGUAGUUAUAGUGACCAGGGUGUUAGCAGCAGCUGAGCUUGAUGGGGAAAUGCAGCCAGGAGGUUGUUCUUUGCCUUUGAAAAAUGAGUAAAAUUUGUAGGGAGACAAAAAAAAUAAGAUCCCUUUUAACACCAUCUGGUUGUGUUCCUGAGUCGUCAUCAACACAGCACUGAACACUGACUUACCCAAGUCAUCAGCAGGACAAAGCACUGCUGUCAUCUAGUGUUACUGUUGUCAUAACAAUGAUUUAUUUUCAUUUAAAAAAUGACAAAGUUACCCCUGUGUGGUAUACGCCGAAAGUACUGAUUUUUAUUUAUUUAUUUUUCCGCCUUUUUUAUUGCCAUAAUUUUGAAGUUUACGUAGGGUUUUAUGGGUCAGCGUCAUGGGGGUAGGAUUAGGAGGAGACGGCGCGAGCUGGGUGAGGUGUCCCAGGAAAGUGAAGCCAGUUUGCCCGCGCUGGCCAACGCCCAGGACUGGCAGGAUGGCCGCACCAACCCUUAGUAUCAGUAGCUUUAUUAAAUGUUUUUUAUCAAUUGUUUCACAAUCUGUUAAGGUACUACAACUUUUUUCUUGCUUUUAAACCAAGACAUUUUUAUUAUCAUUUCAAGUACUUUUCAAAUUAAUAUUUAAUUGUAUUAAAACAAGUACUCAUGCGCGAAAAUAAGUAUUUUCAGUGCGAUGAGCUACAUACUAGAAAUACAAAUAUACGUACAUGCAUUAA